CGCGAAAUUCAGACCAAACUGUAGAGCGAGCCAACGCUGAUCAAAGAUAAAACAAUUUUCUGUCACUGCACGGCCUAUUUCUCGCAUCAAAUGCUUUCAGAAAACUAUUCAACACACAGUUUGGCUGGAAAAAUUAGAACAUUUGUGAAGCUAACGGGAUAAACCAAAAGCAAUAGGAGCGUCAUAUCCGGUGGAAUAUUCCAGCGGAUUUAUCCUUGGUCUUUAAAAGGACGCGCCGAAAUAGCGGGCGUGAAUUGAAAGGUAAACGGCCUUUGUUAUACAUGCGGUAGUAAGCGUAGCAACCCCAAACAUCUAAAUCAGGAAACGGACACACAAAUCAAUCCGCGUGGAAAAAAAGAACAGGAAAGAAAGCCAGCUCAGUCACAAACGUGCGCGUUUUAGAAGUCUGCGUCAUUUGGAUUUGUCUAGUCUUUGUAAUCUUUGGAAGUCCAUUUCAGCUGUGAGCCAGAGACAAUCAUGAUCCUGCUGUCUCCCUCAUCUGAUGAAGAGUGUCUUGAACACGCCUGGCUUUGGAAUCACAGGAAGUUCAGGGUUUCUUCCAGUGUACCAACAAGCUCUUUCUGAGUGAUGAAGCCACAGGACUCCAGAUCAAGGAGUUUGCACGUAAAAAUGCAGCCAAUGCUCUGUCAAUGGCUAACAUGGUCAUGGGCAUGGCCUCCAUUCUCAGCAGUCUAAAUGGGCACCAUCAUGCGGCAUGUUGGCUGGUUCUGAUUGGCUACCUACUGGAUUUGGCAGAUGGAGCGGUUGCCAGGCGACUCGGUGCCUGCUCUGCACUGGGUGCAAAACUGGAUGAUUUUGCUGACUUCACCACUUUUGGGAUUGCCACUUCACUGCUCCUGAGGACUUCUGACCUGCUGGACAACAUCCUAUGCGUGUGUUACGUCUUGUCUGUGUUUGUCCGCCUGUGUUUCUUUACAAGCGGUAUCCCAUUCAUGUAUCGCGGCCUGCCCUGCAUCUACUCCUCAGCCAUUCUGGCCAGUGCCUCUCUGCUGUCAGGGGAAAACCUGGCCCUGCUGCGGAUCAUUGCAGUGGCCAUGAUCCUCUUUAUGAUCAGCCAGAACUUCUACCCCCAUGACAGAGUGUUGGAGUCCCAGGCCUGGAAGAAAGUAGUCUACGCUGGAGGAGUUGUCAUGCUGUUCUGCUCACCAUUCCCCCCUGCAUGUGUGUACUAUCUGCUGUGGUCAGUCUCCUACAUUUUGUUCCCAACAUCCCUUUGGAGCAGUAAAGUGUAAAAUGGG